AUGGCAUGUUCCAAAAAAAUCCACCAAGAAGCUCUAUUGUUCGAAGACUUAAUUUUCCCCCAGGACACAUAUGAAAAGGACAAAAAGGGAUGCAAACGUGCUGUGGUAGAAGGUAAAAGAGACAGUUACAGCUCAACAUGUGAAAAGGUUUGUAAAGGAGAUUUGGAGCGUCUUAAAGCCGGUUUAGAAGAAGCUAGUACCUGUUAUUUAAUUGGAGUAUUAACUGACACUGAUUGUGAACCUUGUAAGUUUGAUGUCACUGCAUUACCAUCUAGGCAAAGAAUUGUUAAGGCACAUGAAGUGGGCGAUAAGCUAGAGAAGGCAUUUGUAAGGUCUAAUAAACUAUCAAAGUUAGAUGACAAAUUAGAUUGCAGUCAUGUUCCAGGAAGUGACAAUUGCAAAGAGUUUAUCAGCACAAGAUUGAUGAUUGACAAAAAGGGAUGCCAUGAAAUUGAAAAGAACACACGUCAACAAAGCCAAUGCAAGGAGUGGUAUGACAAAAGAGAAUGCCGGCUGACUGCAUCAAUGUUUGGUGUUGUGGUAAAGAGAAGGAAAUCAAUAUAUCCAAAGAGUAUUGUGAACACAAUAACUAAACCAAGCCAAAGAAAAAAUGCAAAUUGUCUGUGGGGAACUGAAAAUGGGCAAAAUGACUUGAUGAGAUACCACCAGUAUAAAGAUGAGAGCAACCUACGAGUAAAUAUUUGUUCAUCAUGUGGGUUGGUGGUGAAUCCAAAAUGGCCAUGGCUUGGAGCAAGCCCCGAUGCCCUUAUCUCUGAUGAGAUAGAAGAGUCUGUCUAUGGAGCUGUGGAGGUGAAAUGUCUGCAUCCAAAAGCUGGAAUCAGUGUUCUGGAAGCUUGCAGUGACAAAGCCUUUUGUUUGGAGAUUAUUGAUGGCAAACCUUCCCUAAAAAAAAACACAUCUGCCAUUACCAGUCACAGGAAGUUAUGGCUAUUUGCCAGUUAACGUUUUUAGAUUUUGUUGUCUAUACAGUGAGUGAUGUUUAUGUUGAGAGGUCUAUUUUAAUGAAGAGGAAUGGGGAAUGUACUCUGCCUCAACUCACUGAAUUUUAUUUUGAGUAUUUAAUAGAUAUUGUGACUAUGAGUGAUCAUGCAGUAACCGAGUGA